AUGGUGAGGCGAGCGAGUUUCGAGUUCGUGCUCUUCAUCGUCAUCGGCAUCGGCUUCAACCUGGUUAAGGUCGCGUUUGCCACCGUUGCGGCCUUUGCCAUUUUUCUUACCGGCGGGUCGACCAGCAUGGUGAGGCGCGCGGGUUUCGAGUUCGUGCUCCUCAUCGGCAUCGGCAUCGGCAUCGGCUUCAACCUGGUUAAGGUCGCGUUUGCAACCAUUGCGGCCUUUGCCAAAUUUAUUACCAGCGGGUCGACCAGCAUGGUGAGGCGCGCGGGUUUCGAGUUCGUGCUCCUCAUCGGCAUCGGCAUCGGCAUCGGCUUCAACCUGGUUAAGGUCGCGUUUGCGACCAUUGCGGCCUUUGCCACCUUUUUUACCAGCGGGUCGACCAGCAUGGUGAGGCGAACGGGUUUCGAGUUCGUUCUCCUCAUCGUCAUCGGCAUCAGCCUCAACUGA